GCCAGGUAUUUGUGAAUUACCCCGUGUCGGGCCCCACUACAGGUAGAUCCUCAGCUAACGUAGCUUAAAGCUGCCGUGUGGUAGUAGUAUGUCACCUGAACACAGUUAAACCUGUCACCGCCCCAGCUCGUCCCCAGGACAUGAAUCAGUUUUCAAGACAUGACCAAGUCUGGACGAAAUAAUACGGUUAUAUCGAGGAGUCUGUGUUUACAAUGGGAAGGACGCCACGUGUACGGAACUCCGAUCGGAAGAUGAGAUGGAGGCUUUUCGGUGGAACAACAUGAGUUAGGCGGCUGACGCGGAGUUCUGUGAGAAUGAGAUGGUCGAACUACAUCCCGGGCGACUGAGAUGUAGGACGGUUGUCUACGUCGUAGUGAUCCUGACUUUAAUAGCGACAGUGUUUAUAUCUCGCUUAUCUGUGUCGCGAAGGACUCCAAGGAAGAAAAUUAAAGAAAAAAGUCGAAAAAGACAGCAGGAGAGGGACUAUAUAGACGUGACCAGGAUAGAACACAAAGUCCAGACCCAAUUCUUGGAACCCACGGAUGAGGCCCUUAAUGAGACCCUUUACGCACCGACCUCGCGGAGGCGGAGGAAGAAUCACUGCAAAGUGUUCCGGGGCUCGACUGAAGGCCCAAAACACUGUGUACCACUAAAGACAAAAUAUGGGGAAACCCCAAUCUGUAUAUUUGAUCCGGUCGAGGAUCGCAUGAUCUCAUCCUACAUCCGGGAUUACGGUACAUGGGAACCUGACUUGGUGAACAUGACCAUUGACAUCCUCCAAGCCAACCCUGCUAUGCAGUUCAUUGACCUCGGGUGUAAUUUGGGUGUAUUCACCCUUUCAGUGGCUAAACUCGGCCGACGGGUGGUGUCCGUCGACAUCUUGUCCCGGGCAUUGGACAACCUGCAACACUCUUUAAAGCUGGGAAACCUGACCGAAAAUGUGACGCUUAUACUGAAUGCAAUGUCAAACACGCGGGAAAAGGUCAAAAUCAAUUUAGUUCCUGACAAUAUCGGCGGCAGUCACGUGGGACAACAUGGCGACAUGGGACAACACGAGGAGCUGAUAUAUAGUAUUAUCAUGGACGAUCUCUUGGAGAUAAUCGACUCAGGGGAGGUUUUUGUCAAAAUGGACAUUGAGGGUCAUGAACAGAAGGCUUUAGAAAACAGUAAGGAGUUUUUCCAUAAAGCGAAUGUCAAGUUUCUUUUGAUGGAAUGGAUGCUACACAAAGGAAAGCCGAGUGGUGACAAAAUUAUCAAAUACUUAUUGUCCAACGGUCUGCUUCCCUAUCUAGACUACAACUUACGAGAAGUGCUACCAUUAGGACGAGCCUCGUUCUGGCCAGACAACGUUCUGUGGGCAAAGAGAUAGCUUUUAGAAAGAUACGUGAAAAGAACAAACAUCCAAAACCACAAAAGAUGUGCAAUCGAUUAACCUCUUUCCAUGAAGCAUGACCGAAUCUAGUCCAAAUGAAAGUAGUUCCUUAUAAUGUUGGUGCAUGAUACAGUAUAAAUACAUGUGGUGUAUUGAUAUGUUUAUUUUUAAAUGUCUGAUUUUCAUCAUUAUUCAAGAUUUUAAUAUAUUGUGUUAAUAGCUUUAGGAUUGUCUUUUUAAAUAUACCUGAUUCAUUGUAUUUUUAUAUUGUUACCUCACACAAAGUUUUUUACACACUGCGGGGCCCUGAAGGGGAACUUAGCUAAAAGUUUGCUUUAAAACGCAUCUCCUCCGAUGAUAUAUCUGAUAUUUUGC